AUGUCCAACCACAUCGGUAAUCGACGCCGUCGAAUGGAAGAACUGUACGACUGGGACAUGGAAGACGAAGAUGAAGACUCAAUCAAUAUAUUCAAAGAGCUUGAAACAGAAGAAGAAGAAGAGAAAAGCCGAGCCCAACGCCGACCAAACAAAGAAAGAAGUCAUCUUGAAGGACACCAAAGACUCUUGCAAGAUUACUUCGUUCAAGGGUCGACUUACUCCGAUACUGAUUUCAAGCGACGAUUCCAAAUGAGGAGAGAGCUAUUUUUGAAGAUUGUUGUUGAUGUUGAAGCUGCUUGCCCUUACUUUGUUCAGAAGCCGGACUGCACAGGCAAAUUAGGCUUAUCCAGUCUCCAGAAGGCCACCUCCGCUGUGGUAAUUAUUCCUGUGUUUCUACGCCAAAAAUAUAAAAAUUUAUUAUUAUCUCUAUAA